AUGACAGUCAAAGAAGACCCGAGGGACAGGUUCGUUGACCUUGCCCAGGAGAUGGACGGAUACUCCUACAGUGAACGACCGGAAUGGCGGGAUGUGGUACCGAUGGAGCAGGAUAAAGUUGGAGGGCAGGAUGAUGGGCCGAAUCCGAUCGUCUCCAUCAACUACUCCAAAGAAUUCCGAGACACCAUGAGCUACUUCCGGGCCAUCUUGGCCAUGGACGAGAGAAUCAUCAGGUUGAACGCAGCGAAUUACACUGUGUGGCCGUUCCGAAGGAAUCAGCGUUAUUUCCUGUUCAAGAACACAACAGACAUGUCCCUUGAAGUUUGCAGGAGGGAGAUGACGUGGGCGCUUCAAGAACUCUCUCUCUCUCCUCAUAACGACAGCGCCUGGGCCUUCAUCCGGGGUCUCCUCCUCUCUCACUCCAUCCGCGACUUCCCUGAACUUGUGGAUGCAUUGCAGACUUACUCUUCCUCGGAUUCUCCGCCGGUCGGGGCGCUGGAGCUCCAGGCGGAGCUGCUGCUGGAGAAUGGAGGCGAGGACAACCGACUUGCCGCGCGCAGAAUGUGA